UAUUGUUUAGAAUCUUGUAUAUGAUAUUUUGUUGUCUAGGAUAUCCAGUAUCUAGGGUAUCCUGGUGGAUGGAUGGUAUACUCCUGGAUAGUGCUUGGAAGGAGAUUUCUACAGGAAAAUCUCGCAACACCCUUCAGCUUCUCCUCACCAGAGAUAUGAAUAGAAAACAGAUCGAAUGCAGAGGAGAAAACAACAAUCAAACAGAACCAGUGUCUGCCACUUCAACAAUUAAUAUACUUUUGGCUCCGCGGUAUGUGAAGAUUACUCAUAUCCCUGGUGAAAUGUCUGCUGGAAAGGAAUAUCAGCUAGAGUGUACUGCUGGAGGAUCCAACCCUCCUCCUCUCAUCUCAUGGAGACUCUGGGAUAGUUCUCCACUAGCAGGAGCUACACAGGUGGAUGAUACAGAUGCAAUGGUUUCAAUCUCUAGACUUAGAUUCACCCCAGGAGAAGAAGACGAAGGAAAACUCCUUUUCUGCUGUGCUAAAAACUCAGUGUUAAACUCAACAUUAGAAACGAGUAUCAGGGUUCAAGUAUCAUCUGUACCCCGGGUCCUGCUAGACUAUGGAGCAAGUAUAAGGAAGGAUCGGAUCAAGGAAGGAGAUGAUAUUUAUCUUAACUGUCAUAUCUCCGCCUCUCCGCAGACCUUCAGAGAAUCAUGGUUUUACCAGGGAGAACUGCUGGAUAAAACAUCUGGACUGUUUUCCUUCCAUGAGAAUAGUCUUGUAAUUAGAAAUGUUACAAAGGAAAGACAAGGAGACUAUAGCUGUAGUGCAACUAACUCGGAGGGAACAGGGUUCAGCAACAUUAUCAAGCUCCAGGUUCAAUGUAAGUAAGAUAAAAAAAAA